AUGUUGGCCAUCCUGGUUCUGGCGGCCGUGGCCCUGGCCUCUGCUCACCAUUCUCAUGAGCAUUUUGAAGGUGAGAAGGUGUUACGUGUCAAUGUUGAAGAUGAAACUCACAUCAACUUAAUCCAAGAGUUGGCCAGCGUCAACCAGAUUGACUUCUGGAAACCAGAUUCUGCCUCACAAAUCAGCCCUCACAGUGCUGUUGACUUCCGUGUUAAAGCAGAAGAUAUUGACUCUGUCGAGAACUUUCUGAAUCAGAAUGAACUUCAAUACGAGGUACUGAUAGAUAACCUGAAGCAUGUGUUGGAGGAGCAAUUCGACAGCCAGGUCCGAGCUACUGGACACAGCUACGUGAAGUACAACAACUGGGACACGAUAGAGGCUUGGACCAAAGAAGUGGCCGCUCAGAAUCCAAACCUCGUCACUCGCAGUGUCCUCGGAACCACAUUUGAAGGGCGCUCUAUUUACGUCCUCAAGGUUGGCAAAAGCAAAUCAAACAAGCCUGCUAUUUUCCUCGACUGCGGCUUUCAUGCCAGAGAAUGGAUUUCUCCUGCAUUUUGCCAGUGGUUUGUGAAGGAGGCUGUUAACAACUAUGGAAAAGAUACGGUCACGACAAAACUUCUUGACGGGUUAGACUUUUAUGUUGUCCCUGUGGUCAAUAUCGAUGGCUACAUUUACACCUGGACCAAGAACCGGAUGUGGAGAAAAACUCGCUCUACUAAAUCGGGGACAUCCUGUGUUGGGGUGGAUCCCAAUCGAAACUUUAAUGCCGGUUGGUGCCAAUUGGGAGCCUCCAGUAGCGCUUGUGAUGAAACUUACUGUGGAUCUGCCCCCGAGUCUGAAAAAGAGACCAAGGCCCUGGCCAAUUUCAUCCGCAAAAAUCUCUCUUCCAUCAAGGCGUAUCUGACAAUCCACUCCUACUCCCAGCUGCUGCUCUACCCUUACUCCUAUUCUUACAAACUGCCUUCAAACAACGCAGAGUUGAAUGCUCUGGCUAAAGCGGCUGUACAAAAGCUCACGGCCCUGUACGGCACCAAGUACACAUACGGCCCAGGAGCUACAACAAUCUAUCCUGCUGCAGGAGGUUCUGACGACUGGGCCUAUGACCAAGGUAUCAAAUAUUCCUUCACCUUUGAGCUCCGGGACACAGGCAGAUAUGGCUUUGCACUUCCUGAAUCCCAGAUCCAAGCCACCUGUGAGGAAACAUUGGUGGCAGUCAAUCACAUCGCCAGCUACGUCCUGGACAAUCUGUACUAGUGGAAGAUGCCACAAAACUUGCUUCAAAAUGCUUACUGUGCAUCUCUUUCCUAUCCUGAAUUUUUUGCUCAGGCGCUUUGCAGAUUCCAAUCUUUUGUUUAAGCUUUCUGGGUCUGUUAGCUAUGUGGAUCUUUUAAUACUGAUCAUAAUAAAAUCAAAUCAUUCUAAUGG